AAUGACGAGUUAUCGCGAUCAACACGUCGGCUCCGAGUAACCUGAAACGCGAGUCGGCGUAAGAAAAGUCUCCUCGCCAUUUCAGUUCGGAGUCCCUAAAACGAUAAAGGUCUCCAAAGAUCCAUCGAUGUCUGAAAGAUAAUGCAUUCUUGAAUCUUGAAACGGGUGUUUCAAUUCAAGACCUAGUCCAUGGUGAUGGAGACGCCUAGUUCACGAGUUCAGUCAUUCGGCCUGGCCGAGAUUAAUUGGGACAGGCUCGAUAAGACUAAGUUCUAUGCUUUGGGUGCCGGAAUCUUUACUGGCGUUACAACAACUUUGUACCCAGUCUCUGUUGUUAAAACCAGGCUUCAGGUUGCUUCAAAGGACACAGCUGAACGAAGUGCAUAUUCUGUCAUUAGAGGCAUACUGAGAACAGAUGGGAUUUCUGGUCUCUAUAGAGGCUUUGGCACGGUCAUCACUGGUGCAAUUCCUGCCAGAACUAUUUUUCUCACUACUUUGGAGACUACAAAAGUGGCGGCUUUUAAGCUGGUGAAACCAUUCAAAUUAUCUGAUACUACCGAGUCAGCCAUAGCAAACGGUAUUGCUGGCAUGGCAGCAUCAUUAUCUUCUCAAGCUGUGUUUGUUCCGAUUGAUGUGAUUAGCCAAAAACUAAUGGUGCAAGGAUAUGCGGGCCAUGCAAAGUAUAGUGGAGGUCUGGAUGUUGCUCGUAAGAUUAUAAAGGCUGAUGGCAUCCGAGGAUUAUACAGGGGCUUUGGUCUAUCUGUUGUGACUUAUUCCCCUUCUAGUGCUGUAUGGUGGGCAAGUUAUGGUUCAAGCCAAACCCUGGUCUGGAGUCUUCUGGGCCAUGGUGCUGACCUUGAGAAACAUCCUCCCAGCCAGUGGAAAAUAGUGCUAGUUCAAGCAACUGGAGGAAUUAUUGCUGGUGCAACUGCAUCCUCCAUAACCACCCCUUUGGACACCAUUAAGACUCGCUUACAGGUGAUGGGGCAUGAGAAGAGACAUUCUGUAAGACAAGUUGUUAAAAAUUUGAUUGCAGAUGAUGGUUGGAUGGGUUUAUACAAAGGGUUGGGUCCAAGAUUUUUCAGCAUGUCAGCAUGGGGCACCUCAAUGAUUCUAUCAUAUGAAUAUUUGAAGCGCUUGUGUGUUAAAGAUGAGUUGAUGACUUGAUGUGAUGCUAGUCCCCCACAACUGCUGGUUUUUGCUUCUUGGAUUUUGGAGAUUUCGGUCUGGAGCUGACUGGAUUUCAGUUUACCUUGGAAGACGUGGUUGCAGCAAGUAUGCAUUAGAAUUCAGAAUGAUUAUUUAGCAUCUCUUACUCAAGACACAACUUUGAUAUUGUGCGAUCAGUUGCAUUCCUUGAGUUGGAGCCAACCUGUGAUCACUGCGAUUGAAUUACACUAUAAUAAUUGAGGACUUGUUGGACGA